AUGAGUCAUUUUGUAUAUUAUGUCAUAGUCACUUACGCACGUUUCGAUCCAGCCAGUAGUUUGGCCGAUCUCUUCAGAGUGUUGAAGGGUAUAUUCGAAGUUUGUGGUGUGCGAAAUGUAGAAAUAGGAAUUAUCUGUGGUAGUGGCUUACAAGAGUUGGAUUUUUUAAAGGAUAAGUAUGAAAAAGAUGUGACUACACCUUUUGGGAAGCCGUCCCAAACACUGACGUGUGGAACUGUUGAAGAUGUCCAGUGUGUUAUUUUGUCCAGGCAUGGGGCCAAGCAUACCAUCAUGCCAACUUUGGUAAACUACCGAGCUAACAUCCAUGCCUUGAAAGAAGAAGGUUGCACACACAUCUUGGCCACGACAGCCUGUGGUUCAUUACAAGAAUCUAUUUCACCUGGGGACAUUGUUGUUCUGGACCAGUUCAUUGACAGGACCACCAAGCGAUGCCCAACCUUCUUCGAUGGCUCUGACAUUGCUCCAAAAGGAAUAUGUCAUUUAGAAAUGCAUACACCAUUUUCACCAAAACUAGCAAAGCUUCUGCAUGAUACGUCAACAAAACUGGGUUACAAGACACAUCCUACUGGCACUGUGGUGACAAUUGAAGGGCCAAGAUUCUCAACUAGAGCUGAAAGUAAAAUGUUCCGAACUUGGGGAGGUCAUAUUAUCAAUAUGACAACAGUUCCGGAGGUGAUAUUGGCAAAGGAGUUGGCCAUGUGUUAUUCUAGCAUUGCUCUAGUCACUGACUAUGACAGUUGGAGAGAGAACGAAGAUGGUGUUUCAGUUGAUACUGUUCUGAAGACUUUCAAAGAAAAUGCUGUAAAAGCUGAAAACAUCCUCAAAUCUGUCAUCCCAGAGAUUGCCAAACAUAACUGGACAGAUGAAUUGCAACACAAUAAGGAGAUCCUGACUGGUUCCAUUCUUUCUUACACCUGAAUAAAUGCUGCUUGUGUAAUCCUAAGUUUGAAAGUAAAUUCUUUCCUCAUUUGCAAAAGUAAUCACUCCAACAUUACUACUUUUUUUUAGUCUUUAAUCAAAAAGUGCAAUCUCACGGUUGCACUAUAUUUCUUACCAAAUCCUUUGUGCAACAUUAACUUCCUGUAAUCUCUCUUCCCACUCAAUGCUGGGCCCACAUUCUACUGUAAGAACCAUAACAACAGGGGAAACAAAAGGUUUAUAUUCAAAACACCUAUGUCAUUUCUUACCGGAGUUCUAGUUUUUUUUUUCUCCACACUGAAGAAUAUUAAGAUUUUACUAAAAAAAAAAAUACAAAUUUUGUUUUUUUUUUAAUUUUUGAUAGUCUGAAAGCAUAAAGGUAAAAAAAUAUUUACUGUUCAUUUCAAACUUCCAAUGCAAAUGUUAUCCAAUUAUUGUUAAUUAUAUAAGCUAAAAUUAAAUUUUUAUUUUCAAUAAAAGAGCUAAAUGCUUUUUUUUUUAGUAUA